CCUGCGUGAAGGGGCGGAGCCUGAGGGAAGGUGGGGAGCCUUAGGAGGGGUAUGAGGGGAGGCUCCAGCGUUCUUCCGGCCCGCCGGAGCUUCUUGCGCAUGCGCAGCUCCGCGCGCACGAGGGGCAGCAGCGGGCGAGCCACACACAGUGGUUGCGUUUCCUGCUGGAUUCAUCAUGAUAACUCCAGCUUUUGAACUGACCCAGGAUCCGGAUUUUCUUACAAUAAUAAUCAGAGUACCUUAUGCAAGAGCUUCAGAGUUUGAUGUGUAUUUUGAAGGGGAAGAUUUUAAAUUUUAUGCUAAGCCAUACUUUCUCAGAUUGACACUUCCUGGAAGAGUUGUAGAAGAUGGCAGAGAAAAAGCAUCUUACGAUGCAGACAAAGGAACUUUUACAAUUCGGUUACCUAAGGAGACUGCUGGCCAGUACUUCGAGGGACUGGACAUGCUGACAUCCCUUUUAGCACCAAAGAAAUCAAGAUCAGCAAAACCUUUGGUAGAAGAGAUAGCUGCCUCUGCUGAGUUGUCUGAGGAGGAGGAAGAAGAAUUUGACUGGGAAAUAGAGCAGACCCCUUAUAAAGAAAGUGCGGAAAACACUCUACCACUACAGUACCGUUAUGGAUUUGGGAAUUUGCGGUCUGGGGUGUUCUUUCGCCUGCAGGAUGAACUCAGUGAUGUUAUUGAUGUUAGGGAUCCAGACCAGACUCCUGUAGAUGGACGUAGGAGAAAACGCCUGGCAGCUGAAGCUGCCAAGUUUGACCCUGAUCAUUACCUAGCUGAUUUUUUUGAAGAUGAAGCUAUUCAGCAUGUCUUAAAGUACAAACCAUGGUGGGUUGAUGCUCACAAAGAAAUGAUGGCCUCGCAGGGAGAAACUCAUCAGGAACAUGACACUCGUACAUUUGUUGUCUUCUCUGAAACAGAGAGAGAGCAGCUGAGGAAGUUCACAAAUAAAUCCUAUCUUCUGGAUAAAAGAAGCCGUCAUCAUGUAUAUCUUGGAUUAAUUGAUAUCCUUCUGGCAUAUUGCUAUGAAAUUCGUGUCAAUGAAGGAGACAAGAAUGUUGAAUCAUCUUGGAACAUCAGGAAACUGAGUGCAACAUUGUGCUGGCUGGAGAGUUUCACUAGCAUUCAUGAUGUCCUGGUAUCUUUUGGAAGAAGAGUGGUCUGCUAUCCCCUGCACAGACAUUUUGCAUUGGUGAUACAUGCUGUCACUGAUACAGUCACGAUACUGCAACUAGGAAAAGCUGCAGUUUUGAAGUGUCUGCUGGACAUUCACAAGAUUUUUAUGGAGAGCGAACCUGCCUACAUCCUUAAUGACCUCUACAUUACUGACUAUUGCAUCUGGAUUCAAAAAACCAAGUCAAAAAAGUUGGCUGUGCUCUCUGAAUCCUUGCAGAAAACCACACUCGCCAAGUCCCACAUAGGAUUUGAACUAGAAGAGCUGGAAGAAGCAGCAGUGCUGGUGCAAGAGGAGGAGCGUAUGUUAAAAGCUGCUGGCACAGUUUCCAAGCAACAGCUGCCUUCCUCUGAGUCGGAGACAAGUGACUCUGAAGAAUCAAGCAGUACUUCAUCAUCUGAGACAGAAGGCUCUGAUUCAGAUGAGCCAGAGUCCUCAACCAGUGAAGAUGAGAAAAUAAAUUCUUUACAAGACACGCUUCAAGAGGAGAGGACAGCUCCACUUACUGACUGUAAUGGAUUAAGACAGGGCACAAACACUUCGAUGUUUGAGCUAAGUGAUGAAAAAUCCGAGGUUUCUUUGCAAUCUACAUGUGUUCCUGGAAAAUUGAUAGAAGAAUUAGAAAAGCAAAUGCACACUGCAAUUAGGCUUGUAGAACAGCCUGAAGAAUUGGCUACUGCAAGCUGCGUUUUACAGGAACAAGAAGAAAACCAUGUAUCUGAACCUGACAGAUGUUCAAAAGAUACUUCUGGGAACGGAAAUUUCUUGGAGGUGCCUUCCAAGACAAAUCCGUUGCUUUUACUUUGCAGCACAAAUGAAGAUGAAGACUAAAGAACCAUGUUAGAACCUGGUAUGACCCACUAGCUCAUUGCUAUAACGAGGUGCCCCCAAGUCUGUCCUGAGCUGCAGAAAGAAGUUAAUCUUUUUCUUUGUAAUCACAUCUUUUGUGUUGGCUGUUUGGGAGGACGAGAGUUGAAAUGAAUUGAUAUGGCUGCAUGGUAGAUAUGCUCGUAGUCAGACUAUUAUUUUUCUUCUCUGAUUCCACAGAUUUGGUCACUACAUGUGGGAAUGUGUAAUUCCAGUAAACUUCUAGAAAGAGCUUUCAUUCAGCUUGUUUGAUAGUAGAAUGAUGUUCUAAUCAAAUCCAACUGUAAUGAGUUGUAGCAUCAUUAUCUUCAUCAGUUACAAUUUACUUGAAAAAUGUUAUGUUUGUAUAAACUGGUUUAUGAUAUUUUGCUGCUUUUAAUUUUAAAAUGCUUUAUAGGUAAGCAUGUCAGAAAUAAUGGUUAACUUUAAACUGACAAAAUAUUUUAAAAUAUAUGAAUAUUUUCUAUUUUUUGUACAAAAUAAAGGAAAUUUUUGUCAUUGCAAAGCAGAGGGGUUAGAGCUUAUAUUUCUUCAGUUCUUAUGUAAGUUACUUCAACAAUUUUGUCAUGUAUUUAUUCUUUGUGCUGUUUUUGAAAUGCUUCCACAUCUGGAAGCAUUUCAUACUAAUGUUGCUCUUUAAAGAUCAGAUAUGCUUAUUAUUUAAUGUUUCUUUCUGCAUAUGCUCUUAAUAUCAGCACAGUAGUGUUAACCAAAAUGAUAAAACAACAUGGUACAGCGUUUGAGUAUAGGACCGAAAGCAAACUUGUGCUGUCUAGAUCUGGCUUUGUUAUUAGUUGUCCUGUAGCUUUGUCCAGCUCAUUUGCUUCUUUUUGUCUUUAUAGUGUUAACGUAAUUCAAUCAGUAAGUACAUUUUGUGCUAGUUUCUGUUAAUUCUGGAUAGGUUCUUGAAGGAGGUGGCUACUGCAAAUUAUGUGAUGCUAUUCAGUCUCUACAAAAGGAUUUGGGAGGGAGGCAGGAUGGGACACAGACCCACCAGGUUUGGUUCAGCAGCCUGACAAAACAGGAGCACCUGGCAAAACAGGAUUCACCUGUCUCCAGAGGAGCAAGCCAUGAUUACUUUUCAACCUUUUUGGUAGUACAAAAUGUAUAAAAAUCCCAACCUCAAAGACUUGUUUUUCACCAAUGCUACACCCUGCUGGAAAUCAGCAGGCUAGCUCUGUUCCUGUGCUGACUCCUGCUCCGUGAGAACUGCACCCACCCUUGAACUGCCAGUAUUUUUUGUGUUCUUAAAUACCUACUGGUUGCUUAAUCAGUCUCUGUGUUCUUUCCCCCAGGGGAUGAACCUUUCCCAUCUUGCAUGUCAGUGAGCACUUACUCUUCUAAAUGCUAGCAAUAAAAUCCACACUGUAGCUGCAAUUAUGCAUCUUUGUCUGAGAGAGGGGGAAAAAUGUGCUCAGGGGAAAGAAAUGUAGCCCUCCUCGCCCUCUCUCCAGAUUACAGGUAUGAACUCUGAAACUUCCCUCAGCUGAAUGUGACUUGGGAAAUACACGUUGUCAGAAUUGAUAAGUAUUUCUAAUGCCUGUCUUCAGCGCUAUGUUUUUCUUUUCCAUUCUCUCAUUUUGGGGUAGACUUAACUAUAUUUCUCUUUUCUGAGCAGAUCUGCUUGCUUUCAGGGCUGACUCUAUCUUCUGGAGGCAGGAAAACAUCUUUGGUUCCCAUUCCCAGUUUUCUUCCCCUUGUUGUCCAGUGUUCAUCAUUGUCUUUUUUUCAGAACUCGUGUUUAGUGAUUGUGAAGUCAAUAAUGAGUUUUGAUUUAUAGGAAUUUUGUGACCUUUGUAGUGGUGGGGUCAGAAGUUUGUCCAUAUUGGAUGGUAGGAAUUUCCCACAUGGCUGCAUUAUCCAGUACACUCAGUGCUCAGAAUGAGGAAUGUCUGUCUGAAAGAUGCCUUGCUUCUCUUAAAACAAAAAACAAACCAGAGAUGCUUUUAAAAGAAGAGCGGAGCUCUGCAGCUGUUUGGCCAAAACUGAUUCUUGCCGAAUCUAUGAACCACAAACACUUGGGAAAAACAAAAAACCCGUCUGUGUCUCCCGCCCCACCCUGCCAACCCCUCAAUCCUGCAAGCUGCUGUGGGUUUUGAAUGAAGCAAGUGAAUUCCAAUAAAGAGUCACAUUUAUGUGGAUGAGCUGUUUGAAUGAACUUGUAAAAGUUGUUCUUAUGCAGGUCUUCUAGGCUGGAAAUGGGUUGAUACAGGAGUAACUCAAGACAUGUAGUGUGCUCUGUUGGUUUUAAAAUUCUUUUUUUCUUGUGCCCCUCCCCACCCAAGCUUAUUUGUAAAACAGCCAGUACCUUGUUUUAAUGCAUUUUUGCUCAUCAUCAUAAUCAGUCAGAAGGGAGCAAAACUGCAGUGUCUGGACAAAAUUCCUGCUGCAAAUAAGUUUGAUUAUGAGCUGAGUCUAGGGGGGAAGAGCUGUGGGAUUUUGGAGGAAGGGAAAGCAGUUUGUCUGAGCUGUACUGUGUGCUGGGGGAGAGAUUAAACCCCAUUGGAAAUGUAAUUUGUUUAAUGUCUUGUUAUUAAUAGGUUAACUUGAUAUUAGAGAUCUAGGAAAAUUAGAGCAUU